GUAGUAUAUUGAUAAUUGUAACAACUCUAGUUUGUUUUCUAAUCUUUCUUUGACACAUUAGGAAUUUCCCUGUAAAGAGGGUUUUCUUAUGUUUAUUUUUUCACUUUUUAAAAUAAAAUAAUAAUAAAAAACUUAGUUUGUAAUUUUUUUUUUUAUUAAAAGGUAAGGAGGAUCCUAACCGGCUAACCGUAUCUCAAUUCUUAGAUUUUUUUUGGUCAUGUAUUUACUGGUCAAACGCUUCGAGAGUGAGGGGGAAGGGUAAGGGAUCCUCACCUUCAAAGUGUCUCUAGUAGAGACUGAUCCCCACCGAUUUAUAGAUUAUCAUGGGAGUGUGUAUAAGUAAUAAAAAAAAAACUGUCCUAUUUAUACUCUGUAGUCUGUACAUUGUAAAAUACAACUGGUUAUACAAUAAAAAUUACUGUGGGAGUGUAUAACGGGGCCAAACCAUUGUUUUGUUAGUGCAAUGGAAUUGUGGGCUACAAAAAUGGUGGUAUGAGUAGGCCCAAGAAAUGAAAAAAAGAAAGAGAAAAGCCAGGUAAGAGAGUUGCAACGGUCGAAAAGUAAAUGAAAGACUCAGAAAUCAGGACAUUGUCUCCUUUCAUCACAUUCUCUUUAACGUUGCUUCCCUCCUUUUUUAUUCUCCAACGUUACAACUAUCAAUAUCACCAACCCCCCCUUUUUCUCUCUCCUCCAUUUUCAGUUGUCCUGUAUUUCAUCUUUCCCACUCUCAUCAAUCAUUCCAGUAGCUUCCUAGCUACAUAUAUUCUUGAAUCACUCAAUUAAUAAUAAAGAAGAAAGAUAGAAAAUGGAGGCUGCUAAGAUCGAUUGGAAGAACAUUGAAUCUGUGUUCGUGAUUGAUCAAGUUUUCGAGAAUAUUAAUGCUCCCAAAUGGGUUGAUUUCUUGGCUUCUCCUUCUUCUUCUUCUUCUUCUUCUUCCUCUUCUGAUGAUGUCGCUUGGUUUUGCCGCCCUGAUUGUAAGCAUCCUGCAACUGCUGAAGAUUUCCUCAAAUCAACCCCUUCUUCUUCUUCUUCUAAGUUGUUGAGAUCUGUUAGUGUAUCGAAGCUCAUUGGACUUGCCGAUUGGACACGAAAAGAACCCACUCUUUUCAAGAGGCGUAUUCCACCUAAUCAAGAUUCUGAAAAUCAAAACCCUAAUUUCUCAACUCCUCAAUAUACUUCCCAAAAGGAUGAAUUUGAUGAAAAACCCAGAUUAAAACCCACUAAUUCUGCUAAAGAUUUGUUUGGUGGGAGGGACCUUUUUGGUAAAAUCAGUGAUUUCUGUAAUGAGUUGAAGAAGAUUACCAAAAUUAGGGACAAAGAGGAUGAGAACCCUGAGGAGGAACAGGAGGAUCAACCCCUGCACCAAGGACAAGGGCCUCUUAAACUCAAUGCCAAUCACUCUUACAAACCAUUAGGCUCGGUCCCGGUUGCCGCCCUCGCUCCCGGCCUUAAACACAAGGAGAAUAGGAUGAAUGACAGUGAUAAUAAGGAAAGGAAGCCUUUGCUUCAGGUUAAAUCUGAAGGUGCACUCAAAGCCAAUGCCAAGCCUAAACUCAGGAGAAACAUGAGAGAUGAUGAAUCAGAGAAUAUCCCUAUUUCUCUGAAUUUGAACAAUGUUAAGCGCGAGGCUAAGGUAUCGCCCAUACGCACGAAUCCUCCUACGCCUCAGGGGUUUUCAGCUACUCGUGAUCCUAUCAAGGCCACACCUUCGAAGGGACCAAAGUCUAAGCUCAUGGAAAGGGAGAUUUUACAAGAAUUGGGACAGAAGAAGACACUGAGGGAUGAGCUUGACGAGAACAUUGAGAAGAGUGAAAACGAGAACGCAUCUCUUGUUGCUGCAAAAGAAGGAAGAACAUUGGAUGUGUUCUGGUUCUUAAAGCCUUGCACACUGUCUUAAUGAACACAGUUUUAAGCAUAAUCAUUCUUUAAUUUUUUUUUUUUCAUAUAUAUCUCUAGUUUUUUUGUGGGGUGAAAGAAGAACAGAAUCCCAAUAAUCCACUCAAUUUGUUAAAUAGCAGUACAUCUGUAGGUUUUGUGUUUAUGUAGCUUUCUAUUCUUACAUUAUUCAUUUGUCUAUGAUUAUCUAAUAAAGGAUACACAUUUCAAGCAUUGUACUCCAUAGUCCAUAGUUGGUGAGUAAUAUAUUUGAUUUCUUCAUUUUUACA